GGACCCCGAUCGCAAUAUAUAAACCGUCCACCGCGGCCCAGCCAGGCUCCCCAGUACGCCCCGAGUUGUACGCAAAAGCUCUCCUCCAUCCGCCGAGCAACCCUCUCUUCGACGCCAUGGGCAACCACCACUCUUCCUCCAUCGGCACCCACCACCACAGCGUCGCCAAACUCGCACCUCCGCCGCCCCGGGCCAUCUCGCGCAAGCGAUCCACCGCAAAGCUCCUGGGCUGCACCUCGGCUGACGCGUUCGAGAUCAACCUCGACGUGCCACACGAGCACGACCACGAGUCGACGACAGCGGCGAGCUUCCACGACGAGAAGCGCAGCUUCGAUCCGCCGCCGCUGUACGCCUACUCCGCCUCCGCCGUCGACAUCUUCGAGGACUCCGCCGCCAACGCGUACAAGACGUUCCUCAAGGAGUUCCCCGAGUACCAGCUUACCUGGAUCCUGGACGCCCUCCGCCGCAGCGACUUCUCACGUCUUGACCGUUCAGGGGAGACGUAUGUCGACUAUAUGGGCGGCUCUCUCUACCCCGAGAGCUUGAUCCGGGUCCACACCGGCUUCCUUCAGCGCAACAUCCUCGGAAACACCCAUUCGGUCAGCAAUUCAUCAAAAUUGUCCUCCGCGUGCGCAGACGAAGCACGCGCGGCAGUGCUCUCCUUCUUCCGUGCGCCACCUGGCUAUACCGUUGUCUUCACAGCGAACGCCACCGGCGCCCUCAAGCUCGUGGGCGAAUCCUUUCCCUUCAGCAAGUCCAGCUGCUACGUGCUCGGCGCGGACUCGCACAACAGCGUGCAUGGCAUACGACAAUUCGCGAUCCACCGUGGCGCGUCGAUACAUUACAUCGAGUGCACCGAGCAUGGGGGUAUGGAGGUCGAUGAAGCUAAGUCCGUCCUGCACCGGAACCGACCAAAGAACAAGCACGCAUCCCCAUCGCUCUUUGCGCUCACGGGCCAGUCCAACAUCUCCAACUCCAAGAACUCACUCUCCCUCAUCAAGUGCGCCGCCUCGCAGGGGUACCACACGUUGCUCGAUGCCGCAGCCCUGGCGCCGACGUCGCUGUUCUCGCUCACGGAGACACCCGUGGACGCGAUGGCGAUCAGCUUCUACAAGAUGUUCGGCUUCCCAACGGGCGUGGGCGCGCUCGUUGUGCGGGAAGACUUCCUUGCGAAGCUCGAGCGGCCCUGGUUCGCCGGCGGCACAGUGGACGUCGUGCAGGCGCCCGGGAACAUCGUCACGAUGACCUCCGAGUUGCAUGAGCGAUUUGAAGACGGCACCAUCAACUACUUGAACCUACCUGCGAUCACCGACGGCCUUCGCUUCCUGUCCGCGUAUCUUCCGUUCCUUCCACUCCGUCUUUCCUGCCUUAUGCACCAUUUCGUCGGUUCGCUUUCUGCUCUGCGACACGACACAACAGGGACACCAGUCGUGCGGAUACUCUCCCGGAUACCAACGCGGCGACUCCGGGCUGUCGGCGAACAGUCCGAUACGGGCUCCGUCCUCUCCCUCAUCUUCCUCUUCCCCUCCGGCGAGAUGAUGCCCAACACCUUUGUUGAGUACGCGGCGUCACAGUCAAGCAUCUCGCUGCGGACAGGGUGCAUGUGCAAUCCGGGCGGUGCGGCGUCGAUCCUGGGCCUGCGCGACGCGAUGGCGGGGCUCCCGAGCGACGUGACGCUCGCUGCGUUCGAGGAGCACAUGGGCCACGAGCUCGGCGUCGUGCGCAUCAGCCUCGGGCUCGCGAGCGACUUCCGGGACGUCUACCAGGUCGUGCGCUUCGCGGAGAACGUCGGGUGUGCGAAUUUCCGGCAGGCGCUGUGGGAGCAGUGGGUCGGGAGCAAGGCCGGCGAGGCGAUGUGAGGCCUGCACUCGUGUCGGUGGGCGUGCUAGGAUUCAGAGUACGUUAGCCAGGCUCCUGGACCGGUGGACUCGGCUCGGACACGGACAACCCUCUGUAUCUGGAUGUGUAUCCGUAGAUGUAUUACCCCAUUUCGUUGUUUCAUCUUGUCGAGUUCGGUAGUUUACUGUACGUUACCAAAUCACAGAUCGAGUCUUCUCCUGACCCUGCUUG